CUGUCCAUCCUUCUGAAGCUGCCGCUGGAAGCGGUUUGCAGCGACUUCGACGCAAUAGUCGAAGACGCGGCCUGGCGCACACAAGGCAUCAGCCCGGCAGAGAUACGGCAGUUCUGUGAAUGGCGCAAUGCUCCAGUCUUCCUGUUGGACCCGGACGGCCACGUGCUGGACAAACUCGAGCCCGCCGUGAAGGAAGCUCGAGCCCUGGCUUAUGUGGCCUACAAUGGACACGCCUACUUCUACAAGUCUGCCAAGGUCAUUACUGGCGGCGGCCUGGACGAAACAGUGCUGUACCGACACGAGCGGCGGGAAACCCAGCAGCUCCCACCGAGGAGCGAGUGGAGGGAGUGGCAGCACGGCCAACAGCCCGAGAGCGGCAUUUUCUGGACGAAGACUGAUCUGACGACGAUCCGUUCCCAGCUUCUUGCGGCUGGACACAGUCCUCGAGUCAUGCUGAGGUCCAGCGUUGAAUACUCCGCCCUGAAACUGUGCAUCAAGAAGGGCGAGCCCUGCGUCAUCCGACAGCUGCCUGAAGAAGUUGAAGUGCUGGAGCAAUGGCUUCAGAAGCUGCCACUGGACGUGCCCUACCGCGGGCAACGCAUGGCAGGCCUCGCGCACGAGGUGCUCAUGCAGCUGCUCAAAGCAGAGCGUAAGCAGCCGGACACUGAAGCGAGAAAAGCAAUACUGGAGCAGCAGAACUCGCUGCGCAACUCGUGCGGCGCAGAGAUACAGCCGGGGACAUGCGAGCUAGACCACGUGGUGCCAGUGCAUCAGGCUUUCAGCGGCGACGAGCAAGUUCUGCAAGCUCUGUGCCUGGAAUGUCACCGAAACAAGACGCUGCUGCAAACCAUCCAGCCCACGAGCUUGGUCCACGCCCCACGCAAAAGCGUGCCCUGUCUCGGCAUCGACGUGGCACGGUGUUGGAAGAACGGGCUGGCCAACGCGAGCUUCCCGCUGCCCAUCUUCGGCAGCCUGGAUGAUGUGAGAGAGGCGCAGCCGGGACACCUAGCCGACCUGACCUACGUGAGUCUGCGCGUAGACGGCCGCGCGACAACCUACUCACAAUUGCCCUACGUGGGCGAAGGCUGGUACGCCAAACCUAUUACCGCAUUCACGCUUGAGUGCUUCCACAAGGCACUUGACCUCAUGGAGCGGGCUUGGCCUGACGGGGAAGAGCAUUACGCGAAGCUUUCCGUGAAUGCGCUGAUCGGCCUCUGGGCUCGCAACAUGGACGUGGUGUACACCGUACGAAGCAGCCAAAACGAGCUCGAUGGCUACGGGUGCCAGGAGCGGCGCGUGUUCAGCGUCUUCGCGUCAGACCUGCAACCGGCAGAGGAGAAGCCUGAAACGGCCCAGAAGCAAAUAGCUGAACAGCCGCUUGCAGAGUACUGGGAUUUCGCGUUCAUCCGCAAUCUGAUGAGCAAUGCCAGCCACAAGCCGCUGCACGACUUUGUGAUGGCGGCUGAAUACGUGGCCGUGGCCAGGAUCAAGCAUCAGCUGCGGGCCGCGCUACCUUCCUACAUCAAAUGCGUCAAAACCGAUUGCGUGGUGGUCCAGCAGCUGCCGAAGAAGCACCAGCACCUGCUGCAAGAGCUUCAAGACCUGAAGCACCCCGACGGAAGCCAAGUCUACCGGGUCGAGGAGGUCAAGCCCCUGCAAGGGUAUUACAGAGAGCCACAGCUCCCUGAGCACGCCAUGCCCCCCGAGCUGGAGUGGACCGACAUCCCCGACCCCUUGACGCAUUGUCUGGCAGGAGGCUCACUGCUGCUCACCGGUUUACCGGGGACUGGCAAGACCCACUUAGCUCGGAAAAUCGUAGCAGCCUUGCGGGAACAAGGGCAGGCGGUGCACAUU